ACAUCUUUCCUUAAAAUUUUUUAUAUGUAAAUUUUUAAAACAUUCUAAGAUUUCUAAGAUUUGGUGGACAAAUUUUUAAAAUUGGCGCGGCACAAAUUGUGUUACACGAUGCAGCCAAUCAGAACUCAAUGCCACUCUCCCUCACGUUCGUAAUUCUACGUUACGUUGCGCGUCUAGUUGUCUCUUGUGUUCAAUGUACGAUUAGCGAGUACUGCGUAUUUUUGUUGUCUCUGUGUUCGUUCCUGUUGCGAAUCCGAAUCGUCCGAAUACGAUACGAGCGUGUAAAAAGGUAAAAUAGUUAUUUAGAUAAAAAAGAAAAGACGGAAAGUAGGAAAGUUUGACGUAGCUGAUAUCACACACGUGACCGACCAUUCGAAUAUUGUAUCGCAGAAAAGGGCGUGUAACUUCAUAAGCCGUUUGAACCUCUUCGGAACUCUCUUCGUUCCUCUUGGUACUUCUUACUGAUGCGUAUACUUAGCUAGCUGAUCAAAUUUAAUAUAGAGUUUUUAAUAGUCACAUGUGUACAUCAUGGAGCAUUCUCACGAUCACAAAACGUGUUGUGAAUCGGGCGUUCCACGGUACAAUGUCUGUCAGACUAUAGACGAAAUCAGUUUUGAACGUGGGAUUUGGACAGCAGAGGAUAUAAUUCAUGAAAUUGGUAUAUAAAUUAGGAGUUUUUGAAUUAUUGUAGUUUACUAAGGAUUUCUACGUAAUAUUUAUAGAUUCUUGAAAAUGUUAUUUUAAUACGAAAAAGUUAUUUAAUUGUUACAGUAAUUAAUUAGAACUUUAUUUUACUUUUGCAUUAUUAAUAAACAUUUCUUACUACAUAAAAAUUUAUUUUGUCUCGCUUUUUUUUUCUACAGUUUUUCUUUAAUUAAAGAAAAAUCGAUUCGAAAUUUCGUCAGGAGCGAUGUGGCGUGUCUGAUUUCCACCUGAGAGGGCAAGUUUUGUCGGAAGCUUCGAUUUAUGCUUUCCUCUCUGCGUUCCCUCGCAUGGGGCUUUUACGCGGGUUUUCAUUUUCCAGCGCUCGAAGGUGACGUGGACCGUGUCAAUAGGCUGCUGCAAAAGGGCGUCUUCGUCGACGCGGUGGACUCGGCCGGCUACACGGCGCUGCAUUACGCAACGCGGCGCGGUCAUGUCCGCGUGUGCGAGCUUCUACUGGAGCACGGCGCGAAGGUGGACGCGCGCACCCGCAGCAUGGGAGCGACGCCUCUGCACCGCGCGGCCUGUAUGGGCAACGUCGAAGUCGUCGAUUUGUUGCUGCGCCACGGCGCGGCGCCCAACCUGACGGACGCGGACGGCAGGACUGCCCUGCACCGGGUGAUUCCAAUGGCCGGCUCCGUCGGGGGCGCCGAGACCGCUAGAAGACUGCUAUCGAUCACCGAUCGCGGCAUCAGAGACAACCACGGGGAGACGGUUGAUGACGCGUUCGAGCGUUGGAAAACUACGGAGAGUGAUAGCGAAAAAGUAGAGGCGGUGAAGAGAUUGUUUUACGCGUAGUGGGAAUCAGUGGAAGAUGUGUGAAAGUACACUGACAUAAAAGAUUAAAUUGUACUUUUACAAUCCCCUCUACGAGUAACCUUUUUCAAAUGUCACAAAAAACAAUUGUUUCACGUUAUUUGGAUUUUGAUUCAAGAUGCCAAAAGAUUUUUCAGGCAAAAAAUGAUUGCUGAUACGAUGUCUAAUUUCUAAUACGAAUAUUUCCCUAAAAAAGGUUUUAAAUAAAAAAUGCAUUUUGAUAUUCCCUCAUUAUUAUGAAACUAAAAAUAUCAUGUAUAAGCGCUACGAUUAGCAAUCGGUAAUUAUUUUUCGUAAAAAAUCUUUUUACAUCUUAAUCCCCAGAUAGCACAAAAUAUUUAUGAAAUAUUUAUAAGAAGGAAAAAUAUUUAUGAUAAAUAUUUUGUACAUAUUUUUAU